CAUUUUGAAAGACGUGAGUUUAGCCUUGCACCCGAAGUGUUUAAAAUUUAUAAUAUGGGAGAUAAUUUGUACAAAUCAAGACUACAGCAUUUUAAAAACAAGGGAAAAGAUCAAGAUGAGAUGAGGAGGAGGAGAAAUGAAGUGACUGUUGAACUAAGGAAAACUAAACGUGAUGAAUCCCUUUUGAAAAGAAGAAAUGUACCCCAAGCUGAUUCCACUGAUGAAGAUGAAGUAGAUCGAAGCCUUACUCACAAAAAUCUUGAAGUCAUUGUUCAAAAUGCCAAUAGUACUGAGCCUGGAAUUAAGCUUAGUGCAGUCCAGGCUGCAAGGAAGCUUCUCUCCAGUGAUCGGAAUCCUCCAAUUGAUGAUCUAAUCAACUCUGGAAUUCUUCCAAUUCUGGUACAUUGCCUUCGAACCACAAAUCCUUCCCUUCAAUUUGAAGCAGCUUGGGCUUUAACCAACAUAGCAUCAGGGACUUCACAACAGACACAAGCAGUUGUUAGUGCAGGGGCAGUUCCAUUAUUCCUAGAGCUUUUGAAAUCACCUCAUCAAAAUGUUUGUGAGCAAGCAGUGUGGGCACUAGGCAAUAUCAUUGGUGACGGUCCUGAUCUCCGAGAUUAUGUUAUUAGGUUAGGUGUUGUUCAGCCACUGCUGUUGUUCAUCAAACCAGAUAUUCCUCUUUCUUUUCUUCGAAAUAUCACAUGGGUCAUCGUCAAUCUCUGUCGUAAUAAAGAACCACCUCCACCAAAGGACACCAUCAGUGAACUUCUUCCAGCACUUUGUGUUUUGAUCAAUCACUCUGAUAUAAAUAUUCUUGUUGACACUGUAUGGGCAUUGUCAUACUUGACUGAUGGGGGUAAUGAACAGAUACAGAUGGUCAUUGAUGCUGGGGUGGUACGUCAGCUAGUCCCACUCUUGAAUCACAAAGAAGUCAAAGUCCAGACAGCAGCUCUACGAGCAGUGGGAAACAUUGUUACUGGUACAGAUGAACAAACACAAGUAGUGCUUAACUAUGAUGCCCUUUCCUAUUUUCCUGAACUUCUUACACAUCCUAAGGAAAAGAUCAAUAAAGAAGCUGUUUGGUUUUUGUCAAACAUCACAGCUGGAAAUCAACAGCAAGUGCAAGCAGUAAUAGAUGCUGACCUAAUUCCUAUGAUCAUACAUCAUCUUAAUAGAGGAGAGUUUCAAACCCAGAAGGAAGCUGCCUGGGCCAUCAGUAAUCUAACCAUUAGUGGAACAAAAGCACAGGUGGCAUAUUUAGUUAGUCAGGGUGUUAUUGCUCCUCUCUGUAAUCUGUUAGUAGUACGUGACCCUCAGGUUGUGCAGGUUGUUCUGGAUGGAAUAAAUAAUAUCCUUAAGCUUGCUGAAAGGCAAUUCUACAAUAUUGCUAGCCAAAUAGAAGAAUGUGGAGGGCUUGAUAAAAUUGAACAACUACAAAAUCAUGAAAAUGAAGAAAUCUACAAACUGGCAUAUGAAAUUAUAGACCAGUACUUUUCUGAUGAUGCUGAUGAAGAUCCCAGUGUGGUGCCCCAAUCAUCAGAGCAGAGCUAUCAGUUUGAUCCUAAUUCCAGCAUCCCCACAGAGGGUUUUAAGUUUUAGCAGCAACUGCAAAUAUAGCAGAACCAUAUUCAAGUAAACAGGGCAGUGCAAGUCUUACCAGAUCCAGUAAAUUGUGUUCAUUCUGAGCUUGCUACUAAAAUAACUAAAAAAAAAAUGUUUUUGGCUCAGACAUAUGUUGUGACAACUGCACAGUGGCUUGCUCUUCAAAAUACUAUUUGUGUUGGACACAAAAAGAUCCCUUCCAUAUUCAGAGGGACACCAGUCCAAGUUAUGGCCAAUCAGUUACAAUUUGUAGACUUUCAAGUUUAAUCUGUAUUUGUACAAAGAUCUUAGAUUUUGCAACAUGGGAAGAAAUUCCUUUCAUGUUUAAGUUUUUUUCAUUCAAUGAAAUUUCAUGCCAAGAAUAGUCACACAAAUAUAUAAAGUAACAGUGACAACCUACAAAUGCCUGUGGAAUUGAUCAAACAUUUAACUUAGUGUGAUAUUUUGUGUACAAUAUAAAGAAGUUAACUCAGAAUUUAGUUUAAAAAGUAUAAUUGUACACUAGUGUAUGACUAAUGAGUAUGCAGGCCACCUUGUUGUGAGAUUGAUCAGGUUAUUCAACUGAAGAUGGUUACUCCAGUUUCAUAUUCUGUACAAAUACAUUUACCUUCUCUUGUACUUUUGUGUGAGGUGUUAUACAUUAAUGGGCUCUAAGUAUUCAGUGAUAUGAUUUUUAAUAGUUUGGAGAGUAAGCAUAGUACAGUGUAUAACAUACGUAGGUAUGAGCUCAUAGCUUAAUAUUGAUUCCUAGAAACUGCCGAAAUUUAGAAGAGAACAAAUGCUUACAUGUACUAAAGCUUAGUUUUAUUAUUUUGUAGUGUUAGUAUUUUCUCUCUUGAUACACAGUAAUAACUUUCCUUCGCUUUUCCUACUCAAGAAAAUGUGGAAUUACAAAUCUUGAAGUUUAUAUUUUGUUUGGGGCUAACCUUUGUUGCUGUUUUAUAGCUAACAAAAACUGUUUCUGAUUAUUUAGGUAUUUUUCCAGUUAUGCUUUUUUGACAUCUGUUUCAUUCUUUGUCAACUUGCUUUACACAUAAACUAGCUUAAACGAGUAAUAUUUGUGGGUUCCAUUUCAGUCUUUAAUAUUACAUUGUUUCAGUUGAUAUAAGUUAAGUAAAGCUUUUUAAAACCUUGUUUUCAUUCUAAAGGAGAAUAUUAGUUUUGAAUGCUCAAUUUGUUGUAAAUAAAUACUUCUAUAGGAUAGCUAAGGUAUCUUUGGCUAACUCCAUGUAUAUUCAGUUGUCAAUGACAGAUUUUUGAAAAUUAAGCAUUACCAACUAAACCAAAGGAAACAUUAAUGGUUUUUCAUUAUUUACCAUUGGCCAAGCUUUGAGAUAUUUAGUUUUUUAUCUGUCUCUCUAUCUGUGAAUAUAUAGCUCAUAGAAGACUACAUUUUUUUUUGUCAAAUAAGAAAAGUUACCGUAGAUAGAUCACACUAGCUAUAUCUUUCUGUCUUAACAUUUAUUACUUGAUAAAGUUCACAUUUUAAAAUUUGGAUUAGAUUUGUGUAUUACAUCCCUAUAUAUGAAGCAUUUUAUUCAUUUUAUACUGUGUUUACUUGAGCUAUUAAAUCUAAUAAAGGAGAAAAUAAUUAUGUUGAGAAUGAAUUUAUAGCAGGUGCUAUUGUACAUGGUAAUAUUAAAAUGUUCAAAACAGUGACAGUAAUAAUGAUUUUACAAGAGUGUUUGUAAACUGUUUCAUUAGAUUUUUUAUAGUGUUAUUUUGCUAUAGAAUUACCUGUUUCGUAUAGAUUUAAGGUUUCGUAAAAGACAUUUUGAAUCUUAAAACUACAUUGCAGUUGUUUUUAUUUAAAGG